CAGCAGCAGUAACAACAACAACAGCAGCAGCAACAUGCAGCAUCAACAACAAUCACCGCCAUAUUAUCAGCAAUAUCAGCUAAAUAAUAAUAAUCUGCAAAUGAAAAAUCAAAAUGUUGUGCAUCGUCAAUUGACAGAUUGCAAGCAGAUUUCCGAUAAUAAUAACAACAUUAAUAAUAAUAUUAAUAAUAAUAACAGUAACAACAACAACAAUAGCAACAGCAAUACGUCUAACAAAAUGCCUAACAAAGCCGGUAAAUGGCUUAACAGCAACAACAACAGCAAGAAACGGAAUUCACUUUCCUCAUCAACAGAGUCGACAUCAUCCUCUUAUCAUCGCAGUUGUUCUGAAUCCUCUAACCCAACAACAACAUCAGCAACAAUUGCAACAGGUGCCACAACUGCGCAAGCGCCACCACCACAACCAGCAAGAGCAGCAGCAGAAGCACCACCACCACCACCAACAACAACAACAACAAAGUCAACAGACAAAGCUUCAGAUAUAUCAAAUAAUUCUGAAGCAAACAAACCAUCGCCACCAGUUGGAUCCACCAACCCCGAAACAGCACAAAAUGGUGGCAAACAGCAGCAGCAGCAACCACCAACAGCUAGACAGCAGCCACUUAGCUUCUGGAAGACCAAUUAUCCACAGCAGCCGACGAAUCAGCAAAAGGAACAACAAUUGGAGGCUGCCUUAGCCAAUCAAAAGGAGGUAGCAGCAGCAGUAGCAGCGGCGGCAGCGCAGGAACAACAACAACAGCAACAUUCAACAAUGGGUUAUGAACAAAGAAGAAAUAAUAGUAAUAACUAUCAGCAGCAACAACAUUGCUAUUCUUAUUACUAUCCACAGCCGAAGCAGUUGACUAUAGCAUCAUUUCUACAGAAAGAGUUGCUUCCUGACAGCAAUGGACAUAGCAGUGGUAAUGGCAAUACAAAUGGCCAAAAUAACUAUACGCGGCAGCAGCAUUUAGGGCCAGGCUAUCAGCACCAGCAGCAUCAGCAGCAACAGCAAAAUCAGCGUUAUCGUCCAACUCACUAUGCCUAUCAACAGUAUCACCAACAUCAUGUGCACCAACAACAGCAGCAGCAGCAGCAACAGCAACAUCAUUUAGGCAACUCCCAUUUUCGGCGUAAACAUAAUGGUACAAACAAUGGCCAAACGAAUGCCAUUACUAAUAAGAAGCCCCAUUAUGCAGCAUCCAAUGGAGCUCCAGUGGAAGAUGGACCAGUCGGACAUCAACAAUCAAUCGAGAUUGUGCCUAGCAACAAUUUGAAUGCAUUGCAUCGUCGAGUUCAAAAUGGUGGCAGCAAUAAGAAUACAUAUUAUUCCCAUCACUAUCAUCCUUCCAUGAUCGAUGGAGGAUUGAAUGGCGGAAGAGGUGGAUCUGGCACAGCAGGGCUGCCACGAACAUCGCCCAGUGCAGAGCAUCAGCAUUUCUACAAUCUCACCUAUGUAAAUGUAGACGGCACGGCUACAGGCUCCAAUUCGGGAGCAGUAGGAGUAAGUGGCAUUACCACGCCAACAACAAGCAAACCGUCUUUAUUGCUGGUGAAGCCAACGAUUAGCGUAACGACAGCAACUACGCCACCACCAGCAGCACCGCAGGUGCAAACAAAUAUGUUUGUGGCUCCACCGCCACCACAGCAGCAGCCGCAACGUCCAACAGCUCUGCAGCUAACAAUGAUGCUACACUCGCCGAUGUCAAUCACAUCUCCACCGCCUGGCCCUGUGACACUGACUCCAAGCAAUAUGAUAAGCUGUGCCCAAUUGGACGAGGCCAUUACAACAGCAGCAGCAGCGAGUCACAGCCAGUCGGGGGAGCAACCUACAGUCAAUAUACCAAAUUAUUUACAACAACCACCGCCACCACUUCCACAUCUAAUCUCCGCUAAUAAUCACCACCACCAGCAGCAGGCGCAAGUCUUUUUCGGGUAUGCCGAAACAACUACUCCAGCGUCACUUCCGCCGUUGCAGUCCGCCUUGCCCCUGCCAUCGAGUUCACCAUGUUAUGGCACAGGGUUACGUUCAGUUUCGCCAGCUUCAUCCACAUGCUCAUUGGACCAGCAUAGUAGGAAUCGAUUACCGCCGCUCUCUCCGGCUCAGUUAUCGCCACAUUUGGGCGAAAUGAAUACUGCUGGAGUGCAGCAUCCGUUUGGGGUGCAGGCACCUCGUCAGCUGUCAGUUGCCUAUUCGCAAACGCUGCCUCCUCCACAUCCGCCUCCACAAUUGCCCCAUCAUGCUCACUACUGUACGCCGCAUUCACCCGUUACAGCUGCUGCCGCCGCCGCCGCUGCUGCGGCAUUGGGUGUCUCGUCCACUGCUUGGUAUGAACUCAUUUUGCCACCAGAUCGUUAUCUAGCGCACGCUCGUAACAUGGAACUGGUAACGGAGCCAGAGCAAUUGAUCUGUCACUGCAAGUAUGAUAAUCUCUCAUCGGAUAUCUGGCAGAGAUUCUGUAAUGCCCAGCAAACGCACAAAAAGUUUAAGCUCAAGAUGCGGCUAUGGCGACAUCUGUUCCUUUGGAUUCAUCCCAUGUUCGCCCGGUAUCGAAUUUGCCUGGUGGGAUCGACAAUGACUGGAUUCGGUACCGAUUCAUCCGAUAUUGAUAUGUGUUUGCUACCCGAACAUCCGCAUCCAACGCCCAUUUACUCCCAACAUGGCCAUCAUCAUUCGCAUUCACAUACGAACUCACAUCCGCAGCCGCACCAAGAGCAAAGAGCGGAGGCUUUGAUCAUAUUGAAUCUAUUUCAUUCAGUACUCAAAAAUGCGGAGGUGUUUCAAGAUUUUAACCUAAUCGAGGCAAGGGUGCCGAUUCUACGUUUCCGCGAUGCCCUCAACGAUAUCGAAGUGGAUCUCAAUUAUAACAAUUGUGUGGGCAUUAAGAAUACAUAUCUUCUUCAGCUAUAUGCCCAAUUGGAUUGGCGCACUCGACCGUUGGUGGUCAUUGUAAAGCUCUGGGCCCAAUAUCAUGACAUUAACGAUGCCAAACGAAUGACCAUUUCAAGUUAUUCGCUAGUAUUGAUGGUCAUUCAUUAUCUUCAGCAUGGAUGCAUUCCACAUGUUCUGCCCUGCCUGCAUACUCUCUUUCCGGAUAAGUUUCAACUGUCACAACAGGAUUGUUUAGAUUUGGAUCUGAUUGAACCGAUCGAACCAUAUCAGACGCUUAAUAAGCAGACACUGGGUGAACACUUGCUAGGAUUCUUUCAAUAUUUCAGCCAAUUCGAUUUUCGCAAUCUUGCCAUCUCGAUUCGAACGGGCGGCGUUUUGCCAGUCAACGCUUGUCGUCUGGCCAAAGCUCAAAAAAAUGAUAUCCAUCAAUGGAAGGAGCUUAAUAUUGAGGAGCCCUUCGAUCUAUCCAAUACGGCUCGCUCUGUCUAUGAUUAUGCCACAUUUGAGAGGGUCAAGGCCAUCUUUGUGGCCUCUGCACAUCGGCUGGAGCAUACCUUGGACUUGAGUUCCAUAUUCAUGCCGAUACAUUAUCAGCAGCAGCAACAGCAACAGCAACAACAACAACAGUAUCACCAAAAUCAGCAUCAAAUGUCAACAAAUCAUGGAAUACGGAAUGCUGGCUCUGGAACGGAAGCAAAGACUGGAGGAAUGGGUGGUGCAACCACAGCGGGAGCAACCGCAGCCGUUCCUAAUUUAGCGGCCUAAACCAAAUCUUUCAAUUGGGCAGCCCACAUUGAUCAGGUAAUUUGGAUUAGAGGCGCCUAGCAACCAACUCAAAAGAAAAUAUAUAUGUAUUUAUCAAGAAGAAGUUUUAAGACCAUUUAAUGUCUAUUUCAAAAUGAUUCUACCCCGCUUCUCCGUUCGUCUUAUUAGUCAAAUUGUAUAAAUAUAUAUAUAUUUUUUUUUUGUAAAAUCAAAUUCAAUUAGAAGAUGCAAUUUCUACUUAUGGCAUUGAACCAAUUUCAAAAAUUUGUUCCAAUAUAUAUUUAAAACACGUCCAAAGUUUAUUUUUUUUUCUCUUUUUAUAUUUGUAAACAUCCGGGAUUGGUUUAUCGCUCCUCUGGCAUGUAUAAAGAACAUUUAACUCUGUACAAUAAAAACCGAAAUGGAAUCCGUAACUAAAA